GUGCGUCGUGGCGUCAUGGAGGCGGGCGGUGACGUCGCAGGGGCGUCGACGCUGGAGGCGAUCAGUAUUGUGGGUAGAGCGGUGUGCACAGGCGUGGUGCUGACGGCGGCCUUGUACCUGCUGCGCUCUCUGUGUCACAGCAUGGCGUGGAAGUGCGGCGGAGACAGCCAAGCCGAGCUCGUCAACAACCUGCGCAAAAAUGGAAUAGUCAAGACCGAGAAGGUUUAUCAAGUAAUGUUGGCCACUGAUCGUUGCCAUUAUGCAAAGAGUAACCCCUACACAGAUUCCCCCCAGUCGAUAGGUUUCCAAGCUACAAUCAGUGCCCCACAUAUGCAUGCAUAUGCCCUGGAACUGCUGCACGAUCAGUUGGCUGAAGGAGCUAAAGCACUUGAUGUAGGUUCUGGCAGUGGGAUCCUCACUUCUUGUUUUGCACGGAUGGUUGGCCCAAAUGGAAAAGUGGUAGGAAUUGAACAUAUUAAGGAACUGGUAAAUGACUCAAUAACUAAUCUAAAUAAAGAUGAUCCAUCGUUGCUUACAUCAGGAAGAGUAAAAUUUGUAGUGGGUGAUGGUAGGCAAGGAUACCCAGAGGAAGAGCCAUAUGAUGCCAUCCAUGUGGGGGCUGCUGCAAGUACGGUACCGCAGGCAUUACUAGAUCAGUUAAAGCCCGGAGGAAGAUUGAUUUUACCAGUCGGCCCUGCAGGUGGAAACCAGAUGCUGGAGCAGUAUGACAAACUACAGAAUGGCCACAUCAGUAAGAAACCGCUGAUGGGAGUGAUCUACGUGCCUUUAACAGAUCAAGAAAAGCAGGUGCCAAAGUGGAAGUGAUUCUGCACAACCCAUCUUCCUCAGAAACAAGGGAUGAAAUGUGAAGCUUCAUCUGUGUGCUCAGAACCUGACAUUAAUGUGGAGUGGAUAUCUCCUGUUCUAAAUGCUUUGAAAAAUGACAGCAUUGCAGCUUGUUUUGGACUUACAAACAUACACACACUUACACGAACACACACACACACACACACACACACACACACACACACACACACACACACACACACACACACACACACACACACACACACACACAUACUUGAUGAUUGGUGUGGAGCAGUGUUCUUUUAAUAGUUCAACAAACUAGCCUGGGAAAAGAGCUGCGUAAAGAGUUGGAAAAAAAAUACAUUCAGCACUGGAAGUUUUCCGAGGCUUUGUUUAAUUUUUUAACUGGCAAGAAUGAAGCUGCAGCAAGGAGGGCCAGCAGGUGUGUGGUGUGUGCUCCCCACCCUAACCCCCCUACACCAUUUGAAAUGAAAAGUGUUCAAAUCUAGCACCAUUAUAAUAUACGGUAUGCACCCAUGAUCCUGGAUAUGCAAGAGCUUUCUGUAUGCAGUGAUAACCAAGCACUAAACCCGUAAGAUUGUAGUGCACCGUGAGUUGCCAUGCAGACAGUCAUGUUUCAUGUUCCUGAAAUCGAGCCUCCCUAGCACUACAAGCUGAUGGCAGCUACUACACUGUUCGCUGUAAAAUCAUAUUUGGACAUAUUAAACAUAGUUUUAAGUUCUGUGCUGCUAUUCCACCGUUAUUGCUUCACAAUUGAAUGUAGUGAAAAUAUAACCUUGCUGUAGGAGCUCUUGGCAUUAUGAACUGCAGUUCAAUUUCCUCAGUGUAUGCAUUUAUUGCUUUGCCAAAUAAAUUUUAGUGGAUGAAUU